AUGCCUCUCCAUCUUCUGGGCAAGAAGUCAUGGAACGUCUACAACGCCGACAACAUAGCGCGCGUGCGGCGCGACGAGGCCGAGGCCCGCGAGCGCGAGCUGGCCGAGGAACAGCGCAUGCAGGAGAUCGAUGGGGAGCGGCGCCUGGCCAUUCUCCGGGGCGAAGUGCCGCCGCCACUGCCCCGAGCGGCAUCGGCAGAGGACGCAGGGCCGGACGGUCGAUACCAGCGCGACGCCAGGGGCCAAGAGUCCUCGCGCGACUGGGCUAAGCAGGGAGGCGGCGAACGCAGGAAGCGCAAACGCGUGGGCGAGGACGACACGGACUUUGAGAUGCGCGUGGCGCGGGAGCGGGCGCAGUCGCACGGCGCGCCGGACUCGACGAUGCAGACGGGAUCCAGCACUGCCCUCGUGCCGCACAAGAGCAGCGACGCGCCGCUGACGGACGCCACCGGCCACAUCGACCUGUUUCCCGUGUCAUCUGCGUCCGGGACCGGGCCGCACCAGAAGAAUGCCGAGGCCGAGGCCGAGAAGGCCCGCAAGCGCCGCGAGUACGAGGACCAGUACACAAUGCGCUUCUCCAACGCGGCCGGGUUCAAGACGUCGGUCACCGAGGGCCCGUGGUACAAGAGCGGAAAAUCCGGUGAUGCGGAGCCGGGGCCUGAGGAGGCCGGAGAAGUGGGCAAGGAUGCGUUUGGCAACCCGGACCCGGGGCGGCGGAAUCGCGACGCCGCACGAAUUGAUGCGAAUGAUCCGCUGGCGAUGAUGAAAAGGGGCGCAAAGAAGGUUAGGGAGGUGGAGCGGGAGAGGAAGGUCCUGAAUGAGGAGAGGGAGCGGGAGAUGAGACGCCUGCGCAAGGAGGAGAGGAGGGACAGAAAGAGGCGCCGAGAAGACGACGACUUGGACGGGUUUAGCCUUGAUGGUCCUGCACCAGAGAGCCGCACACGGGCCCACGGGGCCAGGCGAGGCCAUGACGAGGAGAGACGGCGAAAGCACCGCUCAUCGCGCCACGAUGAGGAUCGUGAUCGCAGGGAGAGGAGCCACCGUUCCUCCGGCAGGGACAGUGAGAGGCAUGGGCAUCGAUCCGAACACCGGCACAGAGACGGUGACCGACGGCAGCAUUCCCACAAAGACCGCGAAUCCAGAGACAAGGAAAGCCAGCUAAGAGACAGCCGCCUUCGACGCGAGAUGUCGAGGACGGAUCAUUAUUAA